GGUUUCCUUGGUAAUGACAAAAUUGUUAGUCAUGGUUUUCAAUCUGAGUUCUAAUUACCAAUAACAUAUACCAUUUUGAUUUUGGACUUCAGGGGAUACUUAGGGAUAAACAUGGUUGGGACACCAGCCACACCUUUAUGUAAGAUACAAAGGACCCCUUCAUGUACUCCAGGUGGUCCAAAAGUUAGCGAGGAGAAGAUAUUAGUUACUGUUCGUAUGAGGCCAUUGAACCGGAAAGAACAAGCCAUGUAUGAUCUCAUCGCUUGGGAUUGCAUAGACGACCAGAAGAUUGUUUUCAAGAAUCCAAACCAUGAACGGCCCACGAUCCCCUACACCUUUGAUAAAGUUUUUGAGCCUGCCUGUUCAACUCAAAAGGUUUAUGAAGAAGGAGCUAAGGAUGUUGCCUUAUCUGCUCUAACGGGAAUUAAUGCAACAAUCUUUGCAUAUGGCCAGACUGGUAGUGGUAAGACAUUCACCAUGAGAGGAAUAUCCGAAAAUGCAAUUAAGGACAUCUAUGAACACAUAAAAAAUAAUCAGGAGAGGGAUUUUGUUUUGAAAAUUUCUGCUUUGGAGAUCUACAAUGAGACUGUAGUAGACCUUUUGAAUCAUGAGUCUAGUUCCUUGCGGCUUUUGGAUGAUCCUGAGAAAGGGACCAUUGUGGAAAAGCUAGUUGAAGAAGUUGUUCAAGACAGCCAACAUUUAAGGCACUUAAUUGGCAUUUGUGAAGCUCAAAGGCAAGUGGGAGAAACUGCUUUAAAUGAUAAUAGCUCAAGAUCACAUCAGAUAAUCAGACUGACCAUCGAGAGCAGUCUUCGGGAAAAUUCAGGCCGUGUAAAGUCAUUCCUAGCAAGUUUGAAUCUUGUGGACCUUGCGGGAAGUGAACGUGCCUCUCAAACAAAUGCGGAUGGAAUAAGACUUAAGGAAGGCAGUCACAUUAACCGUAGUUUGUUGACACUUACAACAGUUAUCAGAAAGCUGAGUGGUGGAAAAAGGAGCAGUCACAUACCUUAUAGAGAUUCAAAACUUACUCGAAUAUUGCAGCAUUCACUUGGUGGAAAUGCUCGAACAGCAAUUAUAUGUACUAUCAGUCCCUCUUUGAGUCAUGUGGAGCAAACAAGGAAUACACUCUCAUUUGCAAGUAGUGCAAAGGAAGUUACCAACAAUGCCAAAGUGAACAUGGUUGUUUCAGACAAGAGACUGGUAAAGCAUUUGCAGAAGGAAGUGGCCAGACUUGAAGCUGAGUUACGAAGUCCAGACCCUUCUUCCUCCUCAUGCUUCAGGUCUCUGUUAAUGAAAAAGGAGCAGAAAAUUCAACAGAUGGAGAGAGAAAUGAAAGAGCUUAAGCGUCAAAGAGACCUCGCACAAUCCCAACUGGAACUAGAAAGAAAGGCACAUAAAGAGCAUAAGGGUUCGAACCAGUGUGGGCCUUCCUCUCAAACAGCCAGGUGUCUUUCCUUUCCAGUGGAAAAUGAAACAGUUUUAAAUAAACCUAUUUCAGAAACUCGACCUAGAAAUGCUGUUGGAAGACAGGCAAUGGUGAGACAGUCAGUUAAUUCAACAGAUCCAUCCAUGCUUGUGCAUGAAAUCCGGAAGCUUGAGCAACGGCAAAGGCAGCUUGGUGAGGAAGCAAAUCGAGCACUUGAAGUACUUCAUAAUGAGGUCGCUUCCCAUCGACUGGGGAGCAAAGAAACGGCUGAAAGCAUAAUGAGGCUGUUGUCUGAUAUUAAGGACAUACAAGCAGUUGGCUCUAUUCCUGAAGAUAUAGUCAUUGGAGAUAAAGCUAACCUGAAGGAAGAACUCACUCGAUUGAACUCUCAAGGGAGUGUGAUUGCUUCUUUAGAAAGGAAGCUUGAGAAUGUUCAGAAAUCUAUGGACAUUCUCGUUUCAUCUUUUCAGAACAGUGAGGAGAUUCUAGAGUCUAAGACCCCAGAGUUCAAGACUCAAUGCAAGAAGAAGAAAAUGCGUCCUUUCUCCUUGAAUAACAGUGCAAACAUGCAAAAUAUAAUACGGUCUCCGUGCUCGCCGCUAUCCUCUUCUCGGAAGAUAAUGGAACAUGAGACUGAGAAUAAGGCACCUGACAAUAACAAUAUGGUGCCUUGUAGCAAUACAUUGCCUCAGUCAUUUGUAGAUACCCCUAUCAAGGGUCAUGGGAAUAAUAACUCUAUCUCAUCAAGGGAGGGAACUCCAGUGCGGCAAGCAAAUUCUGUUGAUGUGAAGAAAGUGCAGAGGAUGUUCAAGAAUGCAGCUGAGGAAAACAUACGCAGCAUUAGAGCUUAUGUUACAGAGUUAAAAGAACGGGUGGCAAAGCUACAAUACCAGAAGCAGCUUCUUGUUUGCCAGGUAUUAGAGCUGGAGGCAAAUGAUGCUUCCACUGAGGAGACAGAUAUGAUGGAUCAAUCUCCCAUGCCAUGGCACUUGAUGUUCGAGGAGCAGAGAAAGCAGAUCAUCAUGUUAUGGCAUUUGUGCCACGUUUCAAUUGUACACCGUACACAAUUUUAUUUGUUAUUCAGAGGGGAUCCGAUGGAUCAAAUAUAUAUGGAAGUUGAGCUUAGAAGGUUGACAUGGUUAGAGCAGCAUUUGUCAGAGCUCGGCAAUGCAAGUCCUGCACUCUUAGGUGAUGAACCUGCAGGCUCUGUUUCGUCAAGUAUCAAGGCUCUUAAGCAAGAAAGGGAAUAUCUAGCGAAGAGAGUGAGUUCGAAACUGACAGCAGAGGAAAGAGAAAUGCUGUACAUGAAAUGGGAUAUUCCACCAGUAGGCAAACAGAGAAGGUUGCAACUGGUGAACAAAUUAUGGACAGACCCUCUUAAUAUACAAAAUGUGAAAGAGAGUGCUGAAAUUGUUGCAAAACUCGUUGGGUUUUGCGAGUCCGGUGAACAUGCUAGCAAGGAGAUGUUUGAGCUAACUUUUGCCAACCCUGCUGAUAAGAAAUCAUGGAUGGGCUGGAAUUUGAUAUCAAAUCUCUUACAUCUGUAACAAUUUACUCCUAAUCUUUCUAACCAAAUCCGGCUUAAGAAUUCUGCUGGUGUUUUGUAAUUACUUCACGUGAAAAUGAAAAAUAAGAAGCUGUCUUUGUAUGGGCAUUUU